AUGUUCGGGAUAGUUUAUCUGAAGAAUCGCAGUUUACUCUGCAAGAACCCCUUUUCUUCUUACCCUCGUUAUGGCUUCAUGCCCUCGUUCGACACCCAGUUCAGCAACCAAUUUCGUAAAUUAGAAAUUAAUAUUGGACGGAAAAGAUACAGCUCAAAAACCUUGAAUACAAAAUAUACUGACCAACCCGAAGGCCCAAUUUAUCCUUUGGAUGUACUACGCCUAGACAUCUCAAAAGCACUGCAUGAUAUAUCCGGAAUAGACCACUCGCUAAUACUAAAUGCGCUUGAGUCGACAAAUAGUAUGGAUAGAGGUGAUCUACUGCUACCUCUUCCAAAGAUAAAAGUGGCUGACCCUGUGGCCGUUGCCAACCGAUGGGCCAUUGAACUAAGCACGCAUGGGUGUAUUGGAAAGGUUUGUGCAAAAGGGCCAUUUCUUCAGUUCUUCCUGGACCAGCGGUAUUUGAUACAAUCAACGGUACCAAAUAUAUUACUUCAAAAGGGGAAAUAUGGUCAGAAAAAAUCUCGUCAUCAGAAAAAAGUUGUAGUAGAAUUUUCAUCACCAAAUAUUGCCAAACCAUUCCAUGCAGGCCAUUUAAGAUCGACUAUAAUAGGUGGAUUCCUUUCAAACUUAUAUGAAGCAAUGGGGUGGUCCGUUACACGUAUGAACUACCUAGGAGACUGGGGCAGACAGUUUGGUUUGUUAGCAGUCGGUUUUAAGAGAUACGGCGAUGAAAAGACGUUACAAAAGCAGCCAAUUCAGCAUUUAUUCGACGUCUACGUUAAAAUCAACAUGGACCUUGCCAAGGAAGAGAUAAACGGAAACUCUAAGUGUGGGAUUAGCGGUGAGGCCCGUAGUUUUUUCAAAAACUUAGAAAAUGGGGAUGAGAAUGCCAUUAAGAUAUGGAAUAGGUUUCGCUCGUUAUCCAUCCACCACUAUAUCCAAACUUAUUCACGUUUGAACAUUAAUUUUGAUAUAUUCUCCGGUGAAUCACAAGUGUCUAAAGAAUCUAUGAAUGAAGCCUUAGAUAUAUUUCGCAAAAACAAUCUUGUUAAAGAAAUAGACGGUGCCCUUGUCAUCGAUUUAACCCAAUGGUCGAAAAGAUUGGGCAGAGUUGUUGUACAAAAAUCAGACGGAACAACUUUGUACUUGACAAGAGAUGUAGGGGCAGCCAUAGAGCGUAAAAAGAAUCUACAUUUUGAUAAAAUGGUGUACGUGAUUUCCUCACAGCAAGAUUUAUACAUGUCCCAGUUUUUUAUGAUAUUAAAAAAAAUGAAUUUUGAAUGGGCAAAAGACUUGCAGCAUAUAAAUUUUGGUAUGGUGCAGGGCAUGUCGACCAGAAAAGGAAAUGUGGUAUUCUUAGAUACCAUACUAGACGAGGCAAGGGAUAAAGCUCUGCAAAUUAUGGAAAAUAACAAAAUGAAAAUAUCUCAGGUAGAUAAUCCACAGCGUGUUGCAGAUUUAAUUGGCGUAUCUGCUAUCAUUAUUCAAGAUAUGAAAUCAAAGCGUAUCAAUAACUAUGAAUUCAACUGGAACAGAAUGUUGUCUUUCGAAGGUGACACAGGGCCCUAUUUACAAUACACACAUUCCAGACUUAGAUCUUUAGAAAGGACCUCCAGCGACUUUACGACGGACAUGCUAAUACACGCAGAUUUUUCAAAUUUAAAUGAACCACAACUAGUUGAGCUUGUGAGGUUGCUAGCGCAGUAUCCAGAUGUCCUUAGACGAGCAUUCGAAACUCAAGAGCCGGCCACGAUUGUAACAUAUUUAUUCAAAGUUUGCCAUCAGGUCUCCUCGUGCUAUAAAAAAAUAUGGGUUUCCGGAAAACCUGCAGAUAUUGCCAUACCGCGACUCGCCGUAUAUUCAGCAAGUAGACAAGUGUUACACAAUGCAAUGUCGCUUUUGGGACUAGUCCCGGUUGAUAGAAUGUAA